UCUGAACAUAUUGCCGCGCAGACGUUUACUUUUCGUGAAUUAGCUUCAGCCACACUGAAUUUUAGAGCUGAUUGUCUUCUCGGAGAGGGUGGUUUUGGUCGGGUGUAUAAAGGACGCUUAGAGAGUAUCAACCAGACUGUGGCCAUAAAGCAGCUAGAUCAUGAUGGAUUACAAGGAAAUAGGGAAUUCCUAGUUGAAGUUUUGAUGUUAAGUCUGCUACAUCAUCCUAACUUAGUUAAACUACUUGGAUAUUGUGCUGAUGGUGAUCAACGGCUUUUGGUCUACGAGUUCAUGCCUUUAGGAUCUUUAGAAGAUCAUAUUCAUGCAAUUAUAGAUCCUACGGCUGAUAUGAAGCCGCUUGAUUGGAACACGAGGAUGAAAAUAGCAGCUGGUGCGGCAAAAGGUUUAGAGUAUUUGCAUGACAAAGCUAGUCCUCCGGUCAUAUAUCGCGAUUUAAAAUGCUCAAAUAUAUUGCUUGGAGAGGGUUAUCAUCCUAAGUUAUCAGACUUUGGAUUAGCGAAACUUGGUCCAGUCGGUGACAAUACCCAUGUUUCGACUCGGAUAAUGGGAACCUACGGAUAUUGUGCUCCGGAAUACGCAAUGACCGGACAACUAACAUUGAAGUCGGAUGUCUACAGCUUCGGUGUUGUUCUUUUGGAAAUUAUAACUGGGAGGAGGGCAAUUGACACAUCGAGGGCUGCUAGAGAACAAACCCUAGUUUCAUGGGCUCGACCCUUAUUCAAAGAUCGGAGGAAAUUUCCCCAGAUGGCUGAUCCAACUCUUCAGGGUCAAUACCCCGUGCGCAGCUUGUACCAAGCUCUUGCCGUCGCUGCCAUGUGUGUGCAAGAGCAGCCUACGAUGAGGCCUGCCAUUGCCGACGUCGUUACCGCUCUCACAUACCUCGCAUCUCAGAAACACGUUCCAGAAACCAGCCAGAGUACAUCUCGUAUGCUCGCACCCGGAACUCCGCCUCGAACGAGAAAGGUCAGAAAUAGAAAACCAGGAGAUAGCAGGUGAAGCUUCCUUCCAUGUCUCUGUGUUGGUGGUGAAUGUGGGAAGAUAGCUUUUUUAUUCUUUUGUUUUGAUUCUAGCUUUAGGGAAGGAAGAAUGGUGUUUUGGUUUCUACCUGUUUGGAAGAUUUAGGAGAGGAAAACACCUUAUGGGUGGCUGUAAAUGUCUUUUUUGGUGGGUUUCUUUUAUUUUAUUUGCAAGUUUAAUGGAUUAGUUUUUAUUGUGCUCA